UCUUCGCGAAUUUCCUUGCCGCGGAGGGCGCAAUAAAGGGGCGAAGAGCGUAAAAAAAAAAAAAAAAGCGGCGAAAGUGAAUCAGUAUGGAAGAAAAUGGUCACGGCGACAGAGACGAGCGGCAGGAGUCGGCGGACGAGUCCAACAGAGCCAUCCUUCCCCUCCUACAGGCGCCGGGGAACCAGCAGAUCCCUCACCGGGUCACCAAUUUCUUCAUCGACAACAUCCUGCGGCCGGACUUCGGCCGGAAAAAGGACGCGGGCGCGCCGAACCGGGAGGAGAGCAGCAGCCCGGCGUCGCGGGAGAGCCACAACAGCCCCGCCGCACCUCAGACUGAGCCGGUGGGCAGCACGGUGCCGGCGGAGGGGACCUCCACUCCGCACGCGGUCACCGGGUCCAAAAAGCCCGCAAAAGCAGCCGAGGAGCCCCUGAAAGCCCGCGGAGAGAACGGAGACCAGUGCCUGAGCUCGGACUCGGACAGUUCCCAAGCCAGCUCGAACCAAUCCGCGUCUCAGCCCAUGCUGUGGCCAGCCUGGGUCUACUGCACCAGAUACUCGGACAGGCCUUCUUCAGGGCCGAGAUCUCGCAAACCAAAGAAGAAAACGACCAGYAAAGAGGACAAGCGACCACGGACGGCCUUCACAGCGGAGCAGCUACAAAGACUCAAAUCCGAGUUCCAGACAAAUCGGUACCUGACGGAGCAGAGGCGGCAGAACCUGGCGCAGGAGCUGGGCCUGAACGAGUCCCAGAUCAAGAUCUGGUUUCAGAACAAGCGGGCCAAAAUCAAGAAGGCCAGCGGCACUAAAAACAGUCUGGCCUUGCACCUGAUGGCGCAGGGACUGUACAAUCACGCCACCGUCACGUCAAAGGACGAAAAAUCAGACAGCGAUUGAGAUCCUGAAAAAAAAGCAGCCUCCAUGACGAAAAAGAACCUAUAGUAAUCCUAUGAUAGAUUUUUAUAGAGAUUAAAAAAACACUACUUACAGGUAUAUUUAAUGUUGCAACAGCAGAUACUAUAACUCACCUAAACGGAUGUACAAUGGCUCCACAACACCAUAACAAACACAUAGAAACGAUAAGGUCACUACCACCACUAUUUCUAACACUACCAUAGGUUUCUGUAGGUUCCUAUGGGAUAUUAUAGUGAUUUUUUCGUUUUAUGGGAGGCUUAAUCAAGCCUUCAAUGCAAUAAUAUGACCGAAAAAAGGGCCAGUGUAUACCAGCAUAAAUUGUUUAAAAAAAAACAUAACAGAGAUAUUUCUGCAAUAUCACGUCUAUAAAAGAUGUUGUAUAAAGUUUUGUUUUUUUGUCGUCCCAGCCCCUUUCCUGGAGAAACAAAUGUUCACAAUAUUCAUUUUUAUAUACAGCUAUUCAUGAUUGUCACCAUUUUACACUGAACUGGCACUUGACGUUUUAGAUUUGUCAGUGAAAUGGGGUAAAAAAAAAAAAAAAAAAAAAGAAAAAAUCUGAAGUCCAAAGAAUUUUUUUUUUUCUGCUGCAUCCAGGCUGCUGUGAUUUUACAUAAAUGCUAACACAGUUCUGUUGCCAUGCUUGCUGGUUUUCUUGGUGUAAAACUGGACAUAUGAAGGUGUUGUGUAUCAGCUGCAGAGCUAAUUGGGCAGUAYUUUAUUAUUAAUAUUAUUAUUAUUUUUAAUACAGUUGGUUUUAGGUGGAUAGAAUUAAAUUUUAAUCCCUUAACUACAAAGUUACAGGCCUCGCCUGAACGAUUCUCUCACAGCCUUUAAACAAAUGUGUAAACUCCUUGUUUUGCCAACGCAUCRGUGCAGCUAUUGUUGUUUUAAAUAGCAAUAUUCAUUUUUUUGUAGCUAAAUGAAGGCUAAAAUGCUGCCUCUGAAGUCACAGAAACAACUCUGUAGCAUAAAGACAAUGAUGGCAACCAUUUCUGCGCACUCUKUCCUCUACACGCAGGUUUCUUGGAUGUUCUUGGUAAAUCUUUCUCUAUAUACAUUUUUUUACAUAUUCGUAUAUCAUUAAAAGAAGGGAAAUCUGCCAGUGACUGUAUUACAAAUGUUGGAAAUCUCUUAUUGUUGUUGAAAGGACUUCAUAUGUGUAUUUAUAUAGAUUCUAUUGAGAAAAAAAAUCUAUCCAAUGACCAGUGUUGCUUUAGAGUAGAUAUCUGAGGUGUUUACACUGCUUGUUUAUCUUGCAAUAACUUCUUUUUUGUUUGUUUUCUUUUUUUGUUAUUUUUGUGAAUGAAAAAAWUUGUUUAUGGGGCCUUUUUUGCAUGAAAGCUGCAAUUUGUUGUACUUGGGCAAAUAACUGUGYUUAUAAACUUUGGUCUUUAUCGACAAAAGUAUGAUGGAGCUAAGUUUUUUCAGACUGCAUCCAUACCAAAUUAUGACCGUAUUUCUUCUUUUUUUUUCUUUCCUUUCAAAGUGUUUUUCUCUUUUCUUUCUUUUUUUUUUCUGUUGUGUAUCUGCAAAAAGUGUGUGUGAAAUAAAAGUCCACCAAACCUAAAACACACUUUGCCUUAAAAGUUCAAGUGGGAACUUUUUUUUUUCUGAAACAGAACUGUGCCGAAUCAGAGAAGCAGUAUUACUUCAAAUGCAGACUACUCAAGUUUAUUGCCUUUAUGAAAACUUGCUGGUACGACAUUAUGAAUUUACUCAUCAGCGUAUAUCUAUCUAUAUAUGAACAUGUUUAAAUGAAAUUACGACACAGAGUUGUAGAAUACGAUGCUAUUUUUUAUUUUAUGUUGGAAGUAUUCUUUGGUAUAAAUGUACAUAAUUUGUAUCAUGUAUUAAUUGUGUAAUUAGCUGCCUCCUGAAAACUGCAAAAGAAGAGUAAAAAAAAUAAACCUUGAAGAUUAUACACA